AUGGAGAAGCAAGAAGCAAUAGUUCUGUAUCCAUCACCACCAAUAGGCCACUUAGUGUCCAUGGUUGAGUUAGGCAAACUCAUCCUCUCCCAAAACCCAUCUCUCUCCAUCCACAUCAUCUUAGUCCCACCGCCAUAUCAGCCGGAAUCAACCGCAACCUACAUCUCCACCGUCUCCUCCUCCUUCCCUUCAAUCACCUUCCACCGCCUCCCAACCGUUGAACCAUACUCCUCCUCCACAACCUCACGAAACCACCACGAGUCACUCCUCCUGGAAACAAUCUGUUUCAGCAACCCGAAUGUCCACCGGGCUCUGUUCUCCAUCUCUCAAACAUUCAACCUCUGCGCCAUGAUCAUUGACUUCUUCUGCACCGCCGUGUUAGAAGUCACUGCCGAUUUUAAUUUCCCGGUCUACUACUUCUUCACCUCGGGAGCCGCAUGUCUCGCCUCCUUCUUCCAUCUCUCAACUCUCCACGAAACAACAGCCGGAAAAAGCCUUAAAGACGUCCACUCGCUACUCACCAUACCAGGCGUUCCUCCGAUCAAAGGCUCCGAUAUGCCUAAACCGGUGCUAAACCGGGAAGACGAGAUCUACGAUGCUUUUAUACAGUUCUCUAAGCAGCUCCGUAAAUCUUCGGGGAUCAUUAUCAACACGUUUGAGACAUUAGAGAACAGAGCAAUCAAGGCCAUAAAAGAGGAGCUCUGUUUUCGCAAUAUCUAUCCAAUUGGGCCGCUCAUUGUUAACGGAAGAGCCGGAAACAAGAAUGUUGAAUACGCAGAUUCUUGUCUGAAUUGGCUCGAUUCGCAGCCGGAACAGAGUGUUGUGUUCCUCUGUUUCGGGAGCUUGGGUUUGUUCACGGAAGAACAGCUCAAGGAGAUUGCUAUUGGUUUAGAGAGAAGUGAGCAGAGAUUCUUGUGGGUGGUUCGUAAUCCACCCGGGAUACAAAACCAAACAGAACCGGAUUUGAAAUCUCUUUUGCCGGAAGGAUUUAUAAAUCGAACCGGAAACAAGGGAAUGGUCGUCAAAUCAUGGGCUCCGCAAGUUCCUGUUCUGAAUCACAAAGCAAUUGGUGGAUUCGUCACUCAUUGCGGCUGGAAUUCGAUUCUUGAAUCGGUUUGCGCCGGCGUACCGAUGGUGGCCUGGCCGUUGUAUGCUGAACAGAGAUUUAACCGAGUGGUGAUCGUGGAGGAGAUCAAGAUUGCGGUUCCGAUGAUUGAAUCGGAGACGGGUUUCGUGAGCUCGAUGGAGGUGGAGAAACGAGUCCGGGAGAUAGUGGAGGAUGGUCCGGUUAGGGAGAGAACCAAGGUCUUGAAGAAUGUCGCUGAAUCGGCCUUGACCAAAACCGGUUCGUCUCGUACUGCGUUGACUGCUUUACUCCAGUCUUGGAGUCCGAAACGAUCUUCUGAGAGUUAA